UUGUGACUGUGGCCUCGAGAUCAACAAGAGUCAAGACCAAACUCAAGAUCAAUCAAGAUCAAUGCUUCAUGUUUGCCGCGCAGUGAAGACUGGUGAUAUGAAAUGUGACGCUGAAACCAGUGAUUUAAUUGAAGAAAACACCCACGGAUUGAAGAAAAAAGAAGGACGAAGUAGGAGAUAAGAGAGAAUGGCCGACAGCACAGGAAUACAGUUCAAAACGGGAAAUAUCUGCAGGAUAUACGUAAAAAAUUUCCUGACAUUCAAUGAGGUGGAGGUGCGCCCCAAACCUCGGCUCAACCUGAUCUACGGCCGCAACGGUUCUGGAAAGUCCACCAUUUUGAGCGCCAUCUGUCUGUGUCUCGGCGGCAAGGCACAGGUCUUGGGUCGCAGCAAAGAGGUGUUUGAUUAUGUGAAAAUUGGCAAGACUGAAGCUAUCUUAGAAGUGGAGGUGUUUGUCCUGGACCAGAUUAAUGCUGUCAUAACACACAAAAUCAAUUCAUCAGCCAGAAGGUGCUCAUGGUUUAUACAAGGCAAGGAAGUGACUCAUGCCAAGGCCAUGGCACGCAUCAAGGAGCUUAACAUACAAGUGGACAACCUGUGCCAGUUCUUGCCUCAAGAUCGUGUUGUCGCUUUUGCCAAGAUGAACAGUCAGAAUUUGCUUAUGGCCACUCAGAAGGCUGUAGGAGAUCCUUCUCUGUUCAAUGAUCACCAGCAGCUGUGUAGUAGUGGUAAGAAACUUAUGACAAUGCAAGACAGAAUUAAGGAGUUGCAAGGAGAUGUGGCACAAAUUGAAAGGAGGAAUGCAAGAUUGAAAGACGUGGUGGACAACUUGGAGGUAAAGCAAAAACUGGAAAUGGAAAUACAAGAUUUGAAGAAACAACAUGCUUGGGACUUGUACGACCUCAAAAGGAAGAUCCAUCAGGAGCACAAAGAGAAGCUGGAAGAAGUUUUGAAAGAAUUGAACGAAUUUAAGCACAGGAUGAACCCAACCAUAGAAAAAUCAAAAAAGAUAAAUGCUGCUCUUAGUGGAGUCAAGAAGAUUGUACACUCAAAGACACAGUUGGUCCGCAAGAGUCAACUUGCCAAUGAGAACUUAAAGGCACAGAGUAACAACGUGGCCGACAAACUGAAGGAUGCACACCGCCAUUUUGCCACACAAAAGGCUGAAGAGCAAGAGAGGUUGGCAGAGCUGAAAGAUUACCAGAGACAGCUGGAUGUGUUGCAGGGGCAGCUGCAGAACCUUCCUGGACUUGACGAGAGUGAAGUGGCCCACAGACUUGAGGAACUGACACAGAUGAUAAAGAGCUCGUCACAAAAGGUCAUUCAGCUGCAGAACGACUUGUCUGAUAUUACUCAUGUCAGAGAUAAGAAGAAGGGGCUUAUCAAGACACAUAUGGAGGAACUUAAAGCCCUGCAGGUGUGUAGCUCAGUGCUCUACAUCAUCGCCUAUGUCAUCAUCUGUGUCAUAAUCACAGUCACUCUCACAACUCUCAUCACUAUCCUCGCUAUCCCCUGGAGGGGUAUUGUAGGUGGAGUCAUGCAUGACUCACGUACAUCCCAGGGUAGCAUACAAGCCAAAGAAACAAAGAAACGAAAUAAUACAAGCAUGUACUUGCCCCUAUACGAUUUUCUGGCCAACAUGGGGCUGGGCAACAAAGGCUUUACAGUGGUACCUUGGAGUGUGAAGGUGCCAAGCCCUCACACCUACACCUAUCCUGACUCACGCCCUACACAGUAUGUGGCCAGGAGUCAAGUAGGGAGCUGUGUCAUUUCGCUCUCUAAUUUUUGCCUGACAGGACUACCCCUGAGACCAUCUAGCAUUUCCUGCUUCAAUGCCCAUGCUUCCACUCUCACCACACUGCAGUAUGCUCAUGGUUGCCGGGAGGUGUGGACACCUAAGGCUGCCAGGAGGGUGGGGAUGUCGAGUGUUGUGAUAGCCAGGGUGGAGAGCCGGGAGCAUAAUGCAAUGGAUCCCCCAUCCCUCUCCCCCCUACUACCUGUGACCCACACGCCAUCUCACACCUCUCCUCCUCUCCCAUCCUACAGGAAGUACGGGUUUGAGACGUACAUGCUGGACUGUCUAGAGGGGCCUCCUGCCAUCCUGUCCUUCCUGUGUCAAAACUAUGGACUGCACAACGUCCCCAUUGGCACAGCAGGAAAUUAUGACGCUGUGCCCUUUAAUGUCUCCGUCUUCUACUUGGACAUGCACAGGUACUCCCGUACUGUGUCCCGGUAUGACAAGCAGGUGUCCACUAGUAUCUUCCAAGUGGGGGCAGCAAAAUUACUACAAAUUGUUUUGGAUCAGGAGAAGAUCAAUGAACUGAAAGCUGUCAUAGAGAAUCUCGAGACACAAAUCCAGGAAGUGGAAGAACAGCAGAGAUCUUUAAGAGCAAAGGAAGAUCAGCUGUCAAAGAAUCUUGAGAUUUGGAGGAAUGAAAAAAGGGCUCUUUCUUCACGCAAGGAAGAGAGAAGCAUGUUGGUGCAACGCAUCAAUCACAAGAAGAACCAAAUCAGUGAACACGAGGCCAAUGUCAUUGACUUGCCCGCUGCCAAGGCUGCCAUGAUCUCUGUGGUGCAGAAUUGCAUCAGUAAGCAAGUGGAGGUUAUAAAGAAACUACAAGCAAACAUGAAAGAGACAGGGGAACUUGUUUGUGCCUGCCUGCGUGCUGAUGGGAAGGCAAAAAUACUAAAUACUGAGUUGACGUCCCUUGAAAAUAGUGCCAGAGUGUGGAAGGAAAAAAUUAAAGAUAUGCAGGAAAAAGCAGAUGAGAUGAAACAUGUGCUGGAGAAACAAAAACUGGAGGGUCGUGAUGCACUCAACAACCUCAAACAUCUGCUAGGCAUCGUUAACAUCAGGGAGAUCACUGAUGAGAUCCGAGAGAGAUUUCAGAAUUCAUCACUAGAAGAGACAGAGAGCAAAUUAGCAGACAAAGAUGCCCAACUGUCUUGUCUAAUCACUGCAUCUGCUAAUGAGAUGAAGGAGUAUCAGGAGGGACGCAAGAAGCUUGCACGGCAGAGGGAGAUACUGGAGGACCUAGAGCGGAGAGUGGAGACACACUAUAUUGAUCUUAGUGAAGUGAAAGAGAGGUGGCUCAAACAGUUGACUCGUUUGGUUGGAGACAUCAGUGAGAGAUUCUCAGAGUUUAUGGAGCGGAUGGGCUAUGCUGGUGAGGUCUCUCUUAUAGAAACCGAGGAAGAUUUUGAGAACUACGGUAUGGCUAUCAAGGUCAAAUUCCGUGAUGAACAGCGCCUACAACAAUUAACAGCUCAACAGCAGAGUGGUGGGGAGAGAGCAGUGUCAACAGCUCUGUAUCUGCUAGCACUGCAAAGCCUGACUGCUGCACCCUUCAGAUGUGUGGAUGAAAUCAACCAGGGGAUGGACAAAGUGAAUGAGAGGAAGAUUCUUGAAAUGCUGAUGGAAACAGAAGGAAGUGAUGAUUGCAGUCAGUAUUUCUUUGUCACCCCCAAGCUGCUACAGAACCUGAAUUACAAAUGGGAGGUGAAUGUAAUGUUGAUGUACAACUCCCCCAACACUCUUACUCACCGCCGCUUCGCAGUCAAACGAAUUCUUAAGCGGAAGGAUGACAGACGCAGGUAGUGUCGAGGGUGACAGAAGGCAGGGACAGGGAAAUUAUAUUUUCUAGAGUGGGGAAAAAAAAAGUGGGUUUUUUAUGUGGUCUGUGAUGAUGGAGCAAGGGAAAAGGAAAUAAUAUUUUCUAAGGUGAGAUUAAGAAAAUGUCUGGGUCUUUUGUACUGUGCAUGUGUAGGGGAAAAUAAAGUUUUCUAUGGUGAGAUGAAAAAAUUAAUGUUUUCAAGUCUUUUUCAAAAUGUGUAAAGUGUAAAGAAAGGAAAAGAAAAAACACCUGGUCCUAAAGACAAUAUGGUUAUUAUUAGAAAAAAUUUGUAAUAACUACAAUUUCUGGAACCGAAGUAUUGUUUAUCAUUAAUUUUUAAUGAACAUUAGCUUGUUUUUACUUUUUGAUGAAAUAAAUUAUGCAUUCCAA